AUGCUACAGAUUGAGCCAUAUGAUGGUUCAUCCGAUCCUCUGUAUCAUUUGGAGAGCUACAAGGCCCUUAUGACACUCCAAGGAGCCACAAACGCUCUACUCUGCACAGCCUUCCCAGCGACUCUCCGUAAGGCAGCUCGUCAUUGGUUCUCCGGACUAAAACCCAACUCGAUUCUCUCCUUUGAACAACUGGGCAGGCAGCUCGCCACCUUUUUUGCCGCUAGCCGGCGUCAGCGCCGGACCUCAGACUCCCUCUUCGCCAUCAAGCAGAAGGAGGGAGAAUCCUUAAAAGACUACAUCAGUCGCUUUACUUCGGCCACAUGGGAGGUUCGCGAUCUCGACCAGUCAAUCGUCAUGUCGGCAUUGAAGACUAGAACUCGGUCCUACAAAUUUCUCUUCUCCAUCGAGAAGAGCUUCCCCGCCGACUUUGUUGAAAUGUUGGUCCGAGCUCGCAAGUACGCCAAGGCUGAGGAAGCCAUGGCCUCUCGGCGGGAGACAGCCGAACGACCUGCCAAGAUGCAGAAGACGCGCCACGAGGAGCGCUCCCAACCAAGCAGCAGAUCCCCCUGGCAUGAGAAAGAGCCUCCUUGGCCCAAGAGCCUAGCUCACUCGAGGUCUCCCAUCCAAAAGUUUCAGACAUACACUCCCCUCAUAUCCACCCGAGCAGAGAUCCUCAUGGAGUUGAGGGUCAGGGCUACCUCCGACCUCCAUUGA